AUGGUAAUUUUAUUUCAUUUUAUUUUGAUUGUUUUUCAUUUCUCCUCGUGUAUUUCAGGCAAGUCGUUGCCUAUCGUAUCGGCAAAAUGCCCAGUGGUAAAUUUACCCCCCCGAUGCGCUGCCGACAUUUUGUCGAGCAUUCUUGGGUUAGAACAUAAGUAUCUAGCUAAUUCUUCAGCAGGUUGGCUGACCCAAGUCAACCCAAGCUCCGAGAAUAAAGAAAGAGCACGAGUGGGGGAAAGGAAGAGGGGAGGUUGGUGCUUGGCAGAGAGAAUCCGUUAUUCCGGUUUCCCGCCUGAGGCCUUCAACUCGCUAGUUGGUCAGUUGGUUUAG